UUAAAGCAUGGAUAAACAUAUGAUCUUACUUUGAAACUGUAAGUUGCAAACCUUGUAAUUGUUAUUGUAUUGAUAUGCUUAAGUAGAGUAAAUUUCGGUGUUUUUUACAUAUUUUAUAGUUAAUUAAAGGCAGAAUGUCUUGGUUUCGAGUUCCGUCUUUAUACAGUCAGAAAAUGAAACGUCUUGGUGCUAAAAUUUUCAACGAGUAUCGUCCUCCAGACAUGCCUAAAGAAGUAGCUACAGCAGCGGAUAAAGCAGUUGUUAAAGACUUUAAUUAUACAUUAAGAUCAACUCAUAAUGUAAUUGAACGCCAAAUGAAAGAACCUAACGACUUGAACUCAGGCUGGAAUCCAAAAUGGUACCCAGCGCACCCUCAAAUACGUGAAAUGAUGCAUACAUUGAGAAAAUAUGGACUUUACAGAGAUGAGCACAAAGAUUUCUCUGAAGAGAUGAAAAGGUUGCGAAUAAUUCGAGGAAAAGUCUACCGAAAAUUAGGAAGCAAAGGUGGUAAAAAGGCACGUCUUCGAGAACUGGAUAAAUAAUAAAUUUGAGACGGUAAACUAUAAACAUGUAGAGAUUUGUGUAAUUCAUAUUGUUUUAGUCAAUAAAAAUUGAUGAAUAGUAUUUAA